AUGCCAUUCAAAGUACAGCUGCCAGACACUUCUGCCAAAGGAAAUUUCACUAUAAAAGUGCUGGUGCUGAAGGCUAUUGAGCUACCUAUUUCUGCCCCACCUCCCCUUUCUCUGUUACCUGUGGGCCCUGCUCUGCAGUCCCCCAGCCUGGCUGUGCGGCCCCCACCUGCUCCUGCUACUUGGGUGCUGCCUUCACCUGCCAGGCCCUUUCCCCCUAGUUUGGGGCGAGCAGAGCUGCACCCACUGGAACUAAAGCCAUUCCAGGAUUAUCGAAAACUGAGCAGCAACCUUGGGAUACCUGGAUCAUCGCGUACCCUCGCAACUGGAAGGUCAUUUUCUGGCCUCAAUACCCAUCUCAAGGCUCCACCUUCCGCCUACAGCGGAGUCUUCCGCACCCAGCGCAUUGACCUUUACCAGCAGGCCUCCCCACCGGAUGCCCUGCACUGGAUGCCGAAGCCUUGGGAGCGGACAGGGCCCCCUUCUCGAGAAGGACCUUCCCGACACAUAGAGGAUCCUGGGUCCCGAGGGGACAGGGAGCCUGGGUUGCCCCCACCCCGCUGAGGAAGUUCCUCUUGGCCCCUAUCCCCCAGGGCUUGUAUAUGGAUUAUAAAUAUAUAAGGGGGAAAGGGGUGGGUGAGGAGCAGUUGUGGGCCUGGAGCCUUGCUUCCCCUCCUUCCCCUUCCCCUGGUCCCCUAUCCCUGGGGCCGUUUGUUCAAAAACAAUAAAGGAUUACAAAAAAAAAAAAA